AUGGCGUUUAAUGCGUUGCGGCUUCUAAUUCCUACUGAACCGCCUGACCGCAAGCUUAGCAAGAUAGAAAUUUUGCGUCUCGCUGGAAGUUAUAUUACACAUCUGGACAACCAACUUUAUACAGGAGAUUUGGAACGACCUUGCUUACAAAGAAAUGACACUGACUACAAAAGUACAUCUCUUUGCACGUUUUGUUGGUCGACGAUUAAAAAAGAUAAAACUUCAGCUAGAAAUAAAGAAAUCCAUGGGUUUUAU